CAGAGAAAGGGGUGAAGACACAGUGAAAGGUGCCACUAAAAUAACAAGCUUCACAGGAUUUAAAGGAAGAGGGGAAAAAGGCAUAUGAAAUAAUAUAAUGUCUUGAAAGACAGGAGAAAAUCUGGAUUCCCUCUAUGUCUUUUUUUGUGAGAGCCAAGGAGUUUCAAGAGGGCCUUUAUCCUUUUACAUUCCUGUCUUUCAUCAUGGUUGACCUUUUCCUAAACCGAGUUCUCAUCGAGAACAACUGGGACCAAGACGAACUCAACACUGAGCGUGAGAUCAUGGGGAUUCUCGAAAAUCGCAUCGUCAUGCUGUUCUUUGCAUCUGCUGAAUGUGAAAAGUGCCUGGAGUUUGUGCCUGUUCUGAACGACUUCUUUAAGAGACUGAAAGAUCCAGCAUACAUCGAAUACCCGAAACUGCUCGCACUCAUCUACAUCAGUUUGGACCAAUCAGAGGAGAAACAGGAAAAAUUCCUCAAAGAGCUGCACAAAAAAGUUCUGUUUCUGGCCUUUGAGGACCCGUACAGGAAGGAACUGCAGACCAUGUUUAAAGUGAAGGAUGUACCAACAAUAGUGGUCCUGCGUCCCGACGGCUCUGUCCUCUCUCCAAAUGCUGUGCGGGACAUCUGUCGUUUCGGCUGUGACUGUUUCCAAAACUGGCAGGAAUCGGCUGAGCUUGUUGAAAGGAGCUUCAUGCUCAACGAGGAGUUUGACAACCUUAACUUGCGCAGUGCCACUGACCCUGUGAGGAGGCUCAAGUACAAGACAGAGGACGACAAACGCAAAAAGAGAUGGUGGAAGUUAUGGGGGAAGGGAAAAGAUGGAAAUGAAGAGGAAGAGGAGAAAGAUGGAGCGUGGGAUACCAAGAGAAAUGAGGGAGAUAACAAUACCUGGAGGAUAAGAUGAGGAAAACAUAUAUCAUAUAAUAUAUUCUGUAUGCUAUCACUCAGACAUUUAGGAGAAAUAUUUUUUUUUAGAAAGAAAUUUUUAUCUGCUGUUCCAGAAAAUUUAUCAGAAAUGUUAUCAAGAUUAACUGCUAUAAUUCAUAAUUAGGAAUUUAUGAUUUUCAGUCGCAUGCAGUGGUACAGUACUAAGGUCAUGGGUUUGAAUGCAGCCUAUGUGGAGCUUGCAUGCUCUCUCUGUGUUUGGGUGGUCUGGGUUUCUCCCACACUGCAAAGACAUGAGUGGGUUUAGGUUAAUUUGUGAAUCUAAAUUCCCUGUGAGUGUGAAUGCUUGCCUGUCUCUAUGCGUUAGCUGUGCAAUAAAUUGCUGACCUGUCCAGGGUGUACCCUGUUAUAGCUGGGACUGGCUACAGCCCCCUCAUGACCCUGAAUAUGGAUACCAAAGAGAAGAUGGAUGGAUGUAUGAAUAAUAACCGUGGACUGUUUUUUCAACAACCAUCAGUCUUUGUUUUUGAGUUAAAGUUUAUUUUACCUGUU